AUGUUGAGAUCCAGACUUUUAAGUGACACUUCACUGAUCUCAAAAACAGGAAUCUUGUGUCUGCCACUAUUCCAGUUGGUGCUAUCGGACACACCACGUGAAGAAAAUGAAAUGUGCAUAAACUAUAAAGAUCAUUACACAAAUGGCUGGCAUAUCUGGUUCUUGCUGCUGAUUUUCCUGGUGGCUCUUCUCUGUGGAACAGUGAUCUUCUGCCUCCAGUGCUGCCUGAGGAGACUCCAAAAUGGUCCCCGAAGACACACCAUGGCUGUUUUUGCUGUUGGAGACUUGGACUCCGUUUACGGGACAGAAGCAGCUGUGACUCCAACUGUUGGAAUGCACCUACACACUCAAAACCCUGAACUGUUUUGUGUUCCCUGUUUUGGAGUUUCAGGCCCCCCGCCUCCAUAUGAAGAAACUAAAGUCAAGCCGAUUUUAG